AUGUUUGGGAGUUUGUUGUUCACGAGCACAAAUGGCGAUAGUGUUUCACUUCACUAUCUACCGCUAUUGGAGGACUUACAGCAAACUAGUACUUAUAGCUGGGGAGCAGCCGUUGUAGCAGUUUUAUAUCGAGAUCUUUGUCGAACUUCAAUGAGUGGAGCAAGAGGGAUGUGUGGAUGUGCAAUGUUACUACAGUUAUGGUCGUGGGAGCGACUACAUCUAUGUUGUCCAGAGAUUGUUAGGCAUGUCGUACAUGGACUCGACGAACCUUUGCCUCCUCUAGGUGCUAUCUGGAGUGAGGACCGGACUUUCAAGAAUAAUCCCACCACUGUGGUUUUGUUUGCUAGGGUUAAACUUGAUAGUCAGGGGCCUCAUCAGGUUGUCUGGAUGCCAUACACACAGGAACGACUUCCUACGGCGCCACAGGUGUGUGUUGAGGGAUUUCAUAUUUGGGCGUCGGUCGUACCGCUCAUAUGCUAUGAGAUAGUUGAGCGUCAUUUCCCUGAUCGUGUCAUGCGACAGUUUGGACUAUUUCAGCAUAUUCCAGAGCAAGUGGAUACGAGUGCUACUUUGCACGAGAUGAGUAGGAGAGGGCGGAGCGAUGUGAAUUGGGCUGACGAGCAUGCAGCGUGGUGGUAUAUAGCUAUCACACGCAUAUUCAUCAGUCCUCCAACAGAAACUCCAGUAAUUCCACGGCUAGAGUACGAGCCUCACAUUAGUAGGCUACAUCGAGUUGCUCAUUUUGCAGCGGAGAGGGCUAGGAUUGCUAGUGCUGCUAUGGCUAAUGCUAUUUCUGAUGCCACUUCUGUUAUAGCACAUGGUUGGUUCACGACAUGUCGAGAUAUUCUAGAUGUGCUAGGAGAGGGACAUCGUCUUCACCAGCCAGUAGAUCCAGUAAAGCCUGCACGUUGUGCUAGAGUGAGAGGAGGACGGGCACGCAGACGAGGUCGGGCUCGGUCAUCACAACACAGUCAAUAUGAGGUUGGUUCAUAUUCUGGUGCUGGUCCAUCUUCUGCAUCAGCUCCAUCUUCCACCCCAACCAUCUGGAGUCCGAGUACUAGGCGGAGGACGGGGCGCUAG